AUGUCUCGUACGCCUGUGCCCCCCUCUACCACACACUCUGAAGUACAAGGUAUUUUAGACCGACUUUUCCAAGCGUCCGGAUCGUCUGAAUUCAAGCUCCCCUCUUCUCCCUCCUUCUACGCACGUGACCCGACGUCUACUACCCGCUCGGUCGCUACAAUGGUGGCAGCGGGUACCCCACCCGCCCCUCCCUCCGAUUUCCCAGUUAACCGCACACCACUCCCCAACCCCACAGUCGAGUACGCGUAUAACCUAGGCCCUAGCCCACUUCUAGCCCCUGAGCCCUACGUCCCAGAGAACAACAUUCACGAUUGGCUCCGGGACCUGGAUCUUUUCUUAGUCACGGUCCCCACUAACCAACGCACGUGUUACCUUAUACGUUUCCUGUCUCCCCCCGCUCGUAAGCGCCUUCGACGCGGGAAUCGACCACACAACUCCGUUUAGCGUAGCGCGUAGUACUGUAUUGCAGCUAUUUCACACGCCGUCCCUACAAGAAUCGCAGCCGAGCGUUUCGCCACCCUCAGACAGACUCGUGACCAGUCGGUUGAUGAUUUCGCCGACCAGUUGUCCCAACUCGCCCUAGCGGCGUUCCCCAACCUCCCCCCCACCCGACCGCAACACCCUUAUACUGCAUCGUUUUAUAACCGGUCUUAGCGAUCCUAACGCUACAGACAUACUUCUCCUUCAUCCCCCUACCAGCUUGACUGCCGCCAUACAACAAUGCCGGUUAUAUACGGCCUACCAUCAAGACCGCAGACCCCAUCCAGUGCCCCAUACCGUUGCUCCUCGCUCAGAGCCACGCCCGCCCUCUCGGAAAGUACACCUGCCCGUACGAUUCCCACACCAUAACCCAGGCUGUGAAUACUGCGCGGCGUUUGGCCCCGAUGCCCGCCACUGCGGCCACAAUCCCCCCCCCCCCAAGUCGUCCCCCCGUGACAUUAUUGCUUUUUCUGUUCCAUAUUGCAACCAUACGUUUACAGUUAACGUUUUGCUCAAUAACCACACGUUACCGGCCCUUGUUGACACUGGAGCUAAUGCUUCCCUUAUCAAUGUUCGUGAUUUACCUCAACAGUAUCUGAGACUCAUAGAACCUUCGCUAAAAGCCCGCAGUUUACGAGCUGCUAACGGGACAUGUAUUCCUAUUUCUGGUUUCCGUUAUCUAUAUCAUGUCUCGUACGCCUGUGCCCCCCUCUACCACACACUCUGAAGUACAAGGUAUUUUAGACCGACUUUUCCAAGCGUCCGGAUCGUCUGAAUUCAAGCUCCCCUCUUCUCCCUCCUUCUACGCACGUGACCCGACGUCUACUACCCGCUCGGUCGCUACAGCCUGUCGCGCGCUUGGCGCAUCCUUGAGGCCAUCUUAAAAAUCUCUGUGAUUUUAAGAUGAACUGAUAAGAAACUAGUGGAUGGGUCACGCAGCUGUCGCCUCAACUUUUUUAGUCAGUUCUGAAGAAAAUGAGGAACAAGGGAAUCUAAAGAAUUAGGCUUGAGAUAUCUACGCGGCACAAACUCUAGGAUGUACUUGGAAAGAUUGGACAUGACAUCACGAAGAAUGGUUGCAUCGCUACAAGUGAGGAAGCCACACCAAUCCAAAGAUCUAAUAUAGUUAUUUAUUAAGUCGUUAUCUACACAGUCGUAGUUCAUGUAAGUCCGAACGGCGCUUGUCUUUUUUGAAAAGGCAAGCUGUAAGCAACAAUGAAUUAAUGCGUGGUCACUGUCAAAGAGGUCCUUUUUUAAAGCAACAGAAAGAUGAGCAAUGCCAUUGGUAAAGAUUAGGUCUAAAAUGUGAUUAUCUCUUGGUGGAGAGCUCACCAAUUGGGACCAGUUAGAAAACUUGAAAAUAUCUUGGAAGGGCUGGAAUCUAAGUAGAAAUAUAUUGGAAAUCCAGUCUAUUUCAGGAAGGUUAAAAUCCCCAGUGAUUAUUUUAACAUCGAAAGCAGCUUCCGAAAUUAAUUCAAAGAUUUAACAGAGUUGUGAAUCACCACUGGCUGUAGAAUUUGGGUGGUUGUAGAUGUAGCCAAUAAUUUACUUUCUUUGCGGCGAAAGAAAAACAGAUUCAAAUCAGAAGUUUCCCGUGGAUGAGGAGACAUCCAGGUAAUAGGGAGAGUGCUUGACGGUAAAAUCUAAGUCAUCUCUGAGAAGGACAAAGUCAAGAAUAAGAUAAUGUGUCCAGGAUUCUGUUAUACAUAUAAAAUCAGGCGUCAUUUUUAAAGCAAUGGCUCUGAUUCGGGCUAUCUUGUCUAUAACAGGCCUGGCAUUCAAUAAUAUAAUAUCUGUGUUUCGAACGGCAAGGCUAUAGUCAACGGUAUUUAGAAGAAAUAAUUUGGAGGCGCAUAUGGAAGCUGUGAAUUAAUUAUGCUGGGAGAAUAAGUACCAGUUAGUCUAGAGUUAAUUCAGUAUAAUUAAGUAUAUAUGAGGAAUAGAGGCAGAGCCUCGGAAAACCCUAUUCACAUAUAGACGCAUGAAAAAAAAAACAUUCAGAUAUUUACAUAGCAGUUAUGCCAGUCAUUUAUAUCCUGUAAAUGUUUGACCAUCAAGCAUAAAGUUAUCUAGUCUUCUCCUGAAAGUCUCGACGUUUUCCGCUAAGACAACGAAAUUCGGCAAUUUGUUCCAUCCCUCAACCACCCGACGGGAGAAGAAUGUGGCCCGCAAAUCGAGUUUCGUAUAUUUCGCCUUCAAUUUGCAUUGGUGCCCUCGAAGAUUUGUCGUCCGCGCCAUUUCGAAGAAAUCGUCAAACUGAAGAGCACAGUUUAGCACUCGGACGAUCCUGAAGGCCAUGAUCAUAUCCCCUCUGUAUUGUCUAUGAGAGAGAGGAAAUAGUUUAAGUUUCUCCAACCGUCUCUCAUAAGGUAAGUAACUUAAUCCGCCGAUUAACUUGGUCACUCUUCGUUGUACGUUCUCCAGUAGGGUGUUAUCUUUUUUCGUCCAGGGACACCAUGCCUGGACACAAUAUUCCAACAUUUGGUCUAACGUAUGCGCCAAAUACUCUGCCAAAAUGUUCUUCAUCAAAAUUGAUGAAGGAUCUUCUAAUCGCACCUAGGGUACCCAUAGCUUUUUUUGAUACCUGGGCGCAGUGAGACGAUGGUUUGACAGUUGACGUUAUCCACACACCGUGGUCUCUUAACUCGUUGACUGAUUCGAGUUGGUGGCCUACUAUAAAGUACUGAGAUUCAAAUCUCAACGGCCUCCUGUUGCUCGAACGUAAUCGGAUAAGUUAGUAUUUGUUACGAUUGAUGCUAACACACCACUCACCACACCAUUUUUGCAAGCGAUUCAAAUUGUCUUGUAACUGUACAGAGUCUUCCGGCUUCUCUAUUGAUUUCCACAAUUUGAGAUCGUCGGCAAACAUUACGCGCUCGCAGUUCAGACAGUCCAGAAAGUCGUCCACAUAUAUUAAGAACAGAAUUGGACCUAGAACGCUUCCCUGCGGAAGGCCACUGUGCGCGGAUGCCCAUUCCGAUUUAGCGUUUCCGAUACACACACGUUGUGAUCUGCCCGUAAGAAAAUCGCUAGACAUUUCAAAAGAUUUCCAUUCACAGCCACUUGACGUAGUUUACAUAUAAGUCGUCUGUGUGGAACGCUGUCAAAAGCCUUUUUGAAGUCAAUGUAUACGGCGUCGACUGAUAAGCCCAUGUCAAUUGAUUUCGUCCAGCUCUCCAUUGAUACUAGGAGGUUGGUGAGACAGAAUCGACCCCUUCGAAAUCCCUGCUGAUGUAAACUGAGCAAGCUGUUUUCUUCGAGGUGCCGCAUCAGCGCCGUUUUUAUACCUUUUUCCAUCAAAUUGAAACAGAUGCUUGUGGGACUCACUGGUCUGAAACUAUGUGGGACUGUUCUCUCGCCACCUUUAUAUAUGGGGCUUAUAUUUGCUUUGUUACAGUCGGUAGGCAAAGCCCCGGUCUCCAUCGAUGUUCUGAAGAUCCUGGAUAACGGAGAGGCCAGUUUGUCCGAGAGUUCAUUCAGGGCUUUUGCGAACACGCCGUCCGGACCAGGGGAUUUAGUGGGCUGCAGUUGACUGAAAGUUUUCCUUACCGUGUCUGUUGUGAAGUUCGCCCUGCAAAUUGUAUUAUUUGAUUUGACAAUUGGGGGAUAAACUCUUUCAUCAAAAUCCGGCUCCUCCGUAUACACAGACGUGAAGAAGUCGGACAACAGAUUCGCCUUAUUUGAGUUGUCAGACAACGUAUUUACCUGACGAUCAUUGUGACAGGGAAUGCAGUCCCGAUUGCGUUUUGCCUUAUUCAUGUAUCCAAAGAAUUUUUUGAAUUUUGUGAUAUAUUUUUUAGAAGUUCUGACUGAAAUUGUGCCCGUUCCCUCCUCAACAGAUUCCGACAUACAUUCCUCUCUUUUUUGAAGUCAGCUAAAUGCUCUGGUUGCUGACAUCUGGCGUGCUUUUUCCAAAGUCUCCUUUUCAAUUUAAGGUUCUUCUUUAUUUCUGACGUCACCCACUCUGGUCGGGAAGUGCGCAGCUUCCUCUUAAGUGGGCAACAGCUCUCUACCAAUUGUUGCAUUAUGUUCUUGAAGAAGGGCCAAUAGCUUUCUGGGUCAGGUCCUUGUGCUGCAUUCCAAUUCACCUUCUGUAGCAGGUUUUUCUUUCGGGCAUAAUCCCCUUUCCAUACGUUUCUGUCCUCAGCAGCUCGGGUUUCGGGUACAAAAAAAUGACUAUACUCCCAAACAAGAACGCAGUGGUCACUUUGGCCAAGGAGCGUGUGCGAUUCCAAUCCGAAAAUGCAACUAUCAUCCCUAGUGAUGAUGUGGUCCAAACAACUGGACUGCUGUCCGUCUCUGAAUCGAGUGUCCACUCUAACAUGUUGGAUAAGGAACUCAGCCGUGAUUAGUUGCAUAAAUUUCUGUUCGAAGUAGUUUUUUGAUCGCGUGCAAUGCAUCAAAUCCCACUCUAUGUCUGGACAGUUGAAGUCACCAAGUAGCAUUAUGUGUUUGCUUCGACAAAUUUCUUUUAUCUCGGUGAUAAGUGCAUCGUCCGCAUCCGUUCGCUGGCUUGGCGGUCUGUAAACCAGGGCCAUAUGGAGGCUUGUAUGGUUUGGCACCUUCAAGUAACAACUGAGUAUUUCACAAUUAAUGUGCCGAAAUGGGGAAGACUCAACCCUGACGUAGUCAAUGCCAUCUCGUAUAAAUUUCGCAAUCCCCCCACCCCUUCGUUCGUUUCGGUCCAUUCGAAGAAACUGAAAAUCCUUUAGCAUAACUUCCGCGUCCUUUACCUGCGCAUUUAGCCAUGUUUCCGUUAAAGCUAUCGAGUCUGGUUGGAAAUGGACCACAGUGAGUUUUAUUUCAUCCAAUUUGCUGAAUAAACUCUGCACAUUUGUGUUCAUCAUUUUUAUGUUAUUCGGCUGUUUAGAUCUCUAGAAAUUGUUUGCUAGUGCUUUUGACUGAUGGUUAUUACUGCAUAUUUCACCUGGCGUACCAAGUCUACUAGUCGAUUUUGAAUUUAUUGAAGUUUGUCGGAACCGAGCGCCGGUGCUUUUACCGUCAAUAUCACCGGAUGAUUCUACAAGAAGGAACGCUAUAUUUGUACAAUUUGGUUGUUUGCUAUUUUCAGAUUUACUUCGCCAUCGCUCUGACGUUUUCUCAAUUCCGCUACUAGCGUCCUCUUUUUUAUUCGUUCGAUUGGGUGAUAAUCCGGCUGACAAAAACACUCCACGAUGGUUGUUUCGAAGCCUGGACUUUUGCGACAAGAUGAGAUUUGCUUGCUGUCCGUUCCCCUAUACGACUUCUAGUGGUUUCGGCCACAAUUUAUCUGCGUUGUUCCUUACUAAAGGUCCCAAAAUGAAGGUCUUUUGGAUUUCGACCACCUCACCGGGUUUUUGCGUGUCAUUGAGUAGGUUUUGGAAUGUCAGCUGAUCUUGUUUCACCCUCUCUUUCGGGGUGUCACCAGAUACUUCAGGAACUCCUUGCACUACCAUACAACGUGAUCUCUCGGGAAAAAACUGGUGGUUCUAUCCUGCCCUCUUUUGUUGGCGGUAGACUUAGUCUCAGACUCUGGGACUGCCUUUAUGGAUGUAUCCAGAUCAGUUGAUAAGUUGCAGGCGUCCGUGAUACAUGCUGUAACGUCUUUAUUUGGCUGCCUCACCUGACUUUUUGCAUUAUAGCUUGAUACACAUGUGAAGGGCAAGCUGCUAGCACUCUUUCUUGGCGUACGUAAGUCCAUACGAUUACUUUCUGCAGGUUUUUUGGGCUGCCGAUCGUUGUGUUGUUUUGGUGCAGACGGACUCUGCAUGAUUCAGAUUUGUCAAAUUGAUGGAAAUGCGAGCACCAGUUUCAUCACUGUCUGUCGUAUUUUUAUUGCCAUUCAUUUCGGUUGAGUCCGAAGACUUGUAUAAUGACUUCGUUCGUUGCCUCUUGUUUCGCUGAACGCGACGUCUAUAACCUUUUACCAGCUUCUUGAAAUUCAUGUGGUCCGGCUCAUUGAUGGUUUUCAUGUCCUUUGUAUCGUGUUCAGGGGGUUUAAUUUUGUUAUACCUAAGAAGUGACGCUAUUAUUUCAGUGAGGAGGUCGACGUCUACUUCUAGUUUCGAAACUCUGGUGGUGACUUCUCGACAUCCAUCACAGCGUGUGGACAUUUCAGUAUCUAGCUUAUUUGUGGCUGACAUCAGCAGUGAACUGCGUUCUUCAGGGUUGGUGGUCGGUGGCCCAUCACGCCCAGCUGAGAGCGAGUUGAGUAUUUACGACAAAUUUUUAUCACAAGAAAUAGAGAACGGUUUUCAAAUAAGUGAUAGCUCACCUUUUCCUGAGUAUAUAUUAUUUUGGUGGGCAUCGGACCGUUCUGGCGUGGCCGAGCGGUUGAGGGCGUCAGUUCUCGCACGAGUGGUCCCUGUUUCGAAUCUCGAGUGGGGCAGACUUUUGUCACACAUAGUAGGGUCAUGGACAUUUGCAUUCCCCAUGCUAGCUAGAUAUUUUUGAGUUUAAAUUAAUUUAUUAUGGGCGACUUCAGUCGCUUAGUGGAUACUUUACUGAGCACAAAGUAAAGCUUUUUUCCAGACGGAAUUCAGUAUAAAAUGUCAAUUGGAAGCAAAGAACGACCUGGCCUUCGCAGCCAGGUUCAAAGUAGUCUUCGCUUUCUGCCGGUUAUCGAGCACUUCGUCGACGGAUGAUUGACUUCGGAGGCACGAUGAAGCCGGUAUUCGUAGGAAUCUGAACUAAACCGAGCUAGGUGCUUUGUUUAACUCUGGAUUGUGGUUUCCUGAGAGCCCCAGUGAAGGAAGAAGAUAUCGCCGGUAAUGGGAUCCGUGAAAGCGGAGGUCACUUGCACUUGUAAACUGAUUUCUCGAUUUAUUUCGACAAGGCGUAACUCUGGGUAGAGACGGGUGAUCGAAAUGUCAAAACUUGGGAAGACGAGUAAAGUUGUUGACGUACGGGGAGUCAGCAAGAGAAGGUUGGGCAUGAGACCUAAAUGAUGUGUGGAGAUGGUUUUCGAGCAUUGGAAUGCUAGGGAAGUUAGAACAAGGAUAGGCUUGUUGGUAGUUAAAUUGUGGAGGAUGGGGAGGAGGAGAGAGCCUUGAAGGAAAGUAGAGGCUGGUGGUAGAGGGUAGGCAGCCAUAAGAAUAAAAGGGUGAUAAACUAAGCCUCUUUUGGUAGUCAGAGGAGUUAGGUAGACUUACCUCAGAGCAACUGGCCUUAAGUGGUGGGAAGCCUGAACUAGGUUGGGACAUAAAUGAUUUAAGGUAAUUCACGUACGAAUUUUUUGCGGGUAUAUAGUAGGGCUUUGGUAAGUAACCGGUACGCAGGGCAGAGAAUUAUUUGGGGAAAUAAUUUGAGCUGCGGGGUUUGUAGAUGUGCUGGGCUGUAAGGGCUUGGCAGAUCUAAGAGAAGGCGGCGUAUCCCUGAAUGGAACUGCACUGUCUUUCUUUUGGGUCGGAGUCUGAUUCAGUUUAGGAGUCUCACCGUUCUGACGCCAAGCCACAGAUGACUUAACUGUAGAGCUUGCAGCACCCUGUUGAACUGGGGAAGUUAUCGGUCUAGCUGAUGUAGACAGGUUUUCAUAUGUUCCAGCGUGGCUAUCCGGAGGAUAACAAACGAAAAAUGCGGCUCUUGCUAGUUUAGGGGCGGGUAAAUGCGCAAGUGGCCUGAGUGAAAUGUAGAUGUAGGAGUAAGGGGAAGGUGGAAGUCGGGUGUCGCAGGCGUAGCACAAUCUAAAUCUUCACGGCCACCUUUAUUGUGACCGAGUUGGCGAGCAUUAGGCCGAGAAGCAGUGGGUUUACGAGAGAAGAGGGGCCCGAUUCUACGCUUCAUAGAAGUAAGAUCAUGAAAAGAGGAAAAAUUUUACAUUUUCCAGGUACUCAGUGACACGAUCUCGACGGGUAAAAAUUGAGUCAACCUUGAUUGAUGCAAAUAAUUUCACCAAGACGGGUGGAUUUUUGCUAAGGGAAGAUAAGCGUUUAGCAUCGACUAUUUUGUAGUUGAAACCACAUGAAUACAGGAAAUUGGUCGCAACAUCAAUUGGCCGAGCAGAUCGACGAACAUUUUUCAACAAAAAGUUGUAAGCACGCAUUUGUCUAUCACUAGAUUCUCUGGCGAUCAGGUGAAAAAAGAGUCAAGACGCCUACAUUCUUCAGAGGAAUAUCGGAAAUGUUCCCGUCAAAUACUUUUCCAAAAAUUGACAACAAAGUGCCAAACGUAGGCAUAAAAUCAAUGCAGUUGUCAGGUGCAGGCAGAUUAAACUGUCCACCGGUUACAAUGGGGGCGACUGACUAGUUAUAUCUUCUGACUUAGAUUUAGGCAAACUUUCUGAAUUAAUUUAGCUAAGCCUUCUGACAUAGAUUUAGUUAAGCCAUGCUUGCGUACAGAGGCCGAGAGCUUUCGCCGACCCGUGACUUUUACUCUCAUCUUAUCUCGAGGCAAGUUGUAAUUAAGAGAACUUCUGACAGACCAGGUGACUUAAUUUCAGCCAGAGACCAACGAUGUAAAAAUAAAUUACACAGUUAGAGAGAAAUAGAAUGCACAAAAUGCGAAUUGCACAGUGUGACUGUUGAUCAACAGGCAUAGACCAGCAGAACUCAAAAAGCAGAUGGCAACAAACUGUUCUGCGUGAAUAUGCCUGCAUCUAAGGAAAUUUAACCAAAACGGGAGCUAAAAUCGUUAGGUCUCACAGGAAAACCACUUAAAAUAAUAUCCUCCACUUACCUUCAAAUUUAAAACCAGCGGCUUGAUUGCGAGUCACUUAGUUAAAUUGUCGGCAUUUAUUGGAAUGUACCUUUAUGUAUAUGUAUAUAUUGAAGGGUUACAGGCAGAGCCCUUGAUGACCCUAUUUAUGUACAGUGCUUUCGCAGAUUCAUACUCAAACAUAAAAUAAAAUUGCAGGCAUUUAAAAUGUGAUUGGGUCACAGUUCAAUCGUAAUCAUAAAGUAGUGCAUAGGGUCACUGUAAAUUUGUGCGGGAGAUUGUAUAUGGCAGAUUUUACAAAGCUGGCUGUGCAUAGUCAUGCUGUACAAGUCGAUUUCUGUCGAAAAAUAGACGAGCAAGUUUUCUUUUAAACACACAAACUGUGUCAGCCGUCACCAUCUCGCUUGGAAGCGAGUUCCACGGCCUGACAACCCGCUGGCUGAAUGAAAAUUUUCGUCGGUCUAAACGCGUGCGCUCAUUCCUGACUUUGUAUGCAUGACCGCGUAGUUGGUUUGUACGGGCAAACUCAAAGAAAUCCUCUGCUCUUAAUCAGCAACCCUGGCCGCGAACGAUCCGGAACGUCCAGAGUAGACUGCAGUUUAUUUGUCUAUAAGAGAGAGGGAAUAGGCCAAGGAAAUUCAGCCUCUCCUGAUAAGACAAAUGCUUCAAACCGUCGACCAUCUUUGUCGCCCUGCGUUGCACCUGUUCGAGUAAGUCGAUAUCCUUCCUCAUCCAUGGUGAAGCUGCUGGCAUUCCAUACUCUAGAUGAGGUCUUACAAAGACACCAAAGAGUCUUUCGAAAAGUUCGGGAGGAAAUAUUUUAAAUGCACGUCUGAUCCAGUGUAGAGUACUAGUUGCCUUCUGGACCAUCUUUCUACAGUGUUCUGAUGGCGAUAGAUUUGUGGUCGUCCAUACACCCAGAUCUCUGUGUCUUUCCACAGUUUCUAACCUCGUCCCGUCAAUAUAGUACUGGUGUCUGGGUGAGGCAUUGCGGCCGGUGUUCAGGUGCAAAACCACGCAUUUGGACACGUUAAACUUCAAAAGCCAUCUGUUCGACCAAGCACACAGUUUGUUGAUGUUAGACUGCAACUUCUCUGCGUCAUCAUCACACUUGACUUCACUCCAUAUUUUAAUGUCGUCCGCGAACAUGGGAGCCUCGCAAUUCACUUCGCUGAUGCAGUCAUUAACAUUAAUCAAGAAGAGUACUGUGCCUAAGAUAGAACCCUGUGGACACCGCUUUCCACCUUUACCCAUUCCGAGGUAGAAUUUUCAACGACGACUCUUUGUAGUCUGGAGGACAGAAAACUCCUGAUCCACCUAAACAUUCUUCCUUGAAUUCCUACAUCCCAGAUCUUCUGUAAAAGAAGCCUGUGUGGGACACUGUCAAAGGCCUUCUUGAAGUCAAAAAAGAUGACAUCUACUGGAAAACCCUUAUCGGUAGCUCGUGUCCAUUUCUCGUGCGAGUAAAGAACACUCGUUAGGCAGGAGCGCCCUGGACGAAAGCCAUGUUGGGCAUCACACAAUAUUUUGUUCUGUUCCAGGUAUUUCAUCAAGUGUCUUUUGAUAAUGCGUUCCAUUAUUUUACACGCGAUGCAAGUAAGACUGACAGGAUGAUAGGUAGAUAAGUAUUUAACCCUCGUAAUCUGCUAUUAACUAUUUCAACUUGCGACGAACGCAGUGUGCACGACUGCGUCUGGCCAGUUGCCUUAGACCGGUAAUUUCUAACCCACAAACGAAUUAGCAUCCUCACCACACCUAAAUAUACAAGAUGCAGUGGAUCUAGAGGAAAAAUAGACACUAAACCCAAAUUACAACGGAUAAAGGGGGACACACUUAAUACAUGUUGACUACUUUCCUGUCCUGUGAAGUCAUCAUCCUUCCUCUCCUUCUCUCCUUCCUCUAGGUAGACAACUUUUCCAACGUACGUUCCGACGGUUGUACAACGUUCACAGCCGUCGUAUGCGUUGACAUUCUUAAUCUGUUUGACGAAGGCCCGCGCGGAAGCAUCGCAAAUAACACUAGCUAUGCGGACUCGCAUCCUGCCUGGUCGAUUACUGGAUUGCAAUCCUUCUUCUUUAAGGACAACUAUUUCGUCUAUAAGGUCUUUACAAAACGCUUCUACGUUUGGCGGCUUGCCGUUCCCACAGUACAUGGAAACGGCAAAUACGUUACUAACAAAUGGCUUCAUGAUACGACCUAGAAUGAGCCACAGUCCAGCCCUCGUCUUGCGGUAAAGAGGCAAACCAUCUAUAGCUAGAUUCACAACCAUCUCUUCAUUGUCUGCGACUACGAUUUCACUAUCAACUAGUCUGCGUAGUUGCUUCUGCAGCCCAACAUGAACGUACUCCCCACAACCCAUGGGGACUACUUGCAAGUUAUACGAUGCCCCCAACAGUGUACGGGGGUCUUCGGGCAAUGGCGGGACUGCCAUACGCAAUAUUUCUAACAGACUUCGUAAAUGACUGUGCGGUAUACGACAUUGAAAAGCUCAAUCACGCAGUCUUGUCCAUAUGCGUUCACUUAGUGGCACGUUAUCAUUUUGGAUGACAGUAUCCGCCCAAGCAAUACUGUCAGCAGAUGCUAGAUCACCUAACAAUGACGUUGGCGGGCUAAGGCUCCCACUUCCAACGUCUACUGAGUUACCAACAGACGACUCGCAGUCUGAACAGUCCGCUCGAUAGCGUUUGCUACCGCCGAAGAGCAGAUCAACUUCUGCAUCUAUUUCCUUUGAUAUUUCCGUGAUCUUCUUCUUCACAUGCCGCCUAAUAGUGCGUUUGCAUUCGUGCCUAAACAUUUGAACAAUAAUAAAGAUGGGUAAAUGAAUCAAAUAAUGGUGUAAGAGAUUGAAGCGUAGAGCAGUUGAUAGCACACGCCGCACGCGACACGCAAGCAAUAAUGGCGACGAGCAUGCGGCGUGGGAGCGCCGAUAGCUCAGGCGCGCCAGCCAAUGACUGUGUGAAAUCGAUAAACUCGCCGACAUAUCAGGUGACGAGACAGCCCAAUCGCGAGAUUUCCGCGACAAGAGUGCAUCAGGUCGCUAUUCAAUGCUAUUAGGGGUGGCAUGCUCUUAUUUUGCCUUUUUACCAAUGGGCUAGACUUAUCUCAGAAUGACAAGCCUUUUAUGUAUGCUGAUGAUUCGAAUGUUGCCUACUGAUGCAAACCGUAGGAUCGCGACAGCAUGACUAAACUCUCGAAAAGUGAUCUUCAGGCUGCUAUCAAAUGGUGCUGCGUAUGGCGCCUUUCCCUUUUCCGUCAGUAACACUCAGACAUGGUUGUUGUGGACGAUCGUCAGCCCUAACAAAGCAUCGGCGGUCACGGCAUUCAUGCGCCGGUGCUAUCAACAAUCUGGGUAUAUCCUAGUCCGAGAGUCUCAGUUUUUCAAAGCGUUGCACACAGGACGAUCGAUUUAACCACUGAGACUUUUAAACCAACGCCAUUAGGACGCGCAUCUAGAAAAUGAACAUAAGAGCUAAUCUGAAACACCGUUAGAUUUGUUUAGCCGACCGGAGCUGAAGAUCUGAAGAAAAUAGAAUUUGUCCAGCACCUUAUAGCUGCAAGAUUUUUACCCCCGUUACAUCCAAAGUUAAAUUACCAGCAAGUUUGCGGACUUACAGCCUUUAAACCUAUGUUGUUUUGCCAGAUUCAGUAUAAUUCAGUAUAUAUGAGGGAUAGAGGCAGAGCCUUGGAAAACCCUAUUGACAGACAGACGUAUGAAAACAAAACAUGCAGAUACCUACAUAGCAGUUAUGCCAGUCAUGUAAAUGUUUGACCAUCAAGCAUAAGUUUAUCUAGUCUUCUUUUGAAAGUCUCGACGUUUUCCGCUAAGAUACAAAAGGGACUCUUUAAUGGUCAAACUUUCGGCCAGUCGUACAUUAGACCUGCUUGCUACUUUGAAGCAUCUUGCGUACCUUAGACACAGCAGUUACUUCGAGGUCUUUUCACUGCUAGCUGUGGUAUGUACAACUAAAGAUCGUCAUAUCUUUUCUGUUUAUAGAACUCUUAUCUGGAACAAGUUAUCCUGGAACAGAAAAAUUCCACAAAACGUUUCUUUAUUUAAACGAAGUAUCAUUUGUUUUCUGUAUUCAGAAGGACUUCCGCAAUUUCUGGGUGGCAAAUCCACUGAAUACAUCUUGCGUUCUGAUAGACUUCGUGGUCUUUAAUGUCUCUACCGGUGUGAUUUCAAAGGGAAUCGCACCGAUUCAUCGCUUCGUUCUCCGACGAGUCAUUUCUUCAGCUGUUGGGAAGCAACCGUUCAUGUAUGCACCAUUGUCUGGUACAGACAUCCAGUCAUACAGAGGGAAAUGGAUACUGCAAAACCCCGCUGUACUUAUACUAGCUAUCCUCGUUCUAAGCUACCGUCGAUACGCGGGCCGCAGUUUUUUUCUCCCGAAUAAGCCAAAAUAAAAGUAAAUCAUAUGGGAGUUUUUUUACAACCUUCUCAAUUCAAAUUGCAUAGAUGUGCUGAUAGUGCGGGUGAACUAACGUCCAGUACUAUUACUAAUGUUAUUGCAGUGAAGACUUCGAAGUGCAGUAGGUCGGCAACUCGAAUGUUCACAUAGCAGGAGGCAGGGAGGGCAGGGCAAGAGGGCAACCUUUAUUAAGAUAGUAGAGCGUAAACGGGACUCAGCGCGCUAUACUAAUAAACAAACCGGCGCAAAAUCUUGAAAAUUACCACAGUUUGGCGCUAGCAGAUUGAUAUUAUCGGCGUAACCGAGAAACGGCAGGCGGUGUGCUGGCUAAAAUGUAUCAUCGUCAGAGCCAUGUGUACCGUUAUGUCUAGAGGGUCAUAAAGGUCUCAGAACUGCUAAUAACGAUCCCGCAAAUUAUUCGGCUCAGGGAAUAAAAUACAAACCUUCUGCAUCAUGAGAAUCUAUAGAGUUAUCCUUGAACUUUGCUACCGACUGGGUCGAGAAAGUUGACCUCCGCGUUUGUUUUAGUGCGUACGCGUCCUAAAAGGAUAUGAGGGUCAGCUUUCGGACAUUUCUGUCCCUUCGGGAUUUUGCAUAUUUGCCUGACCAAUAACACUUUAUCGCAAUCCUUGACGCUUACAACAUUUUCAGGUUUUGAUUUGCACGUGGCUUGAGUUUCAAAAGAGCCACGUACAGGUAAGUCUCCUCACUGCCGUUGACAUUAUCAUGUCCGGCUUAUGCUUUUGCUUGAGUGAUUGCAAAUUUUAAGCCCAAGUGAUCGGCCACACCCAUUAUUCAGUUUACCAUGUCUGCUUUUUAAUGACAUCCCUGGGAUGCCCGUAGCUGGAAAGCCAGCGUAGGACUUGCCGACGGUCAAGAUCUUGAUCGUCUAGACCCAGCGACUAUUUCUGUUGUCUUCCUGUCCAUGAGAGGUGAGACUCAGGCUAAACACUGGAGGACUUGCCAGGAACCUAGAAGGGGACGGAAUGUCUAACAGCCCGGCAACCCACUGAAACUAAGAGCUGUGCCCUGUCCCGACUCCCACAUUAAAUUGAGGCGUCUCUUAGAUUAUCUGCAUAUGGGGAGCUAGGGCGUCUUUUGCUCACCCGUUCAGCUGCAUGAUACCACACUUCUGUCUAAGUCGCGCAUCCCACCGGACUUCAAAUUCCUUGGUGAGCACCAUUGGAUAUAGCGCACACAAAUGCCUUAGGAAGACCGCCCAUAUGUCAUCCGCGCCAUAAAAUAUCUUAUAAGCCUCUGCAAGGCUUUCAUGUGCGGAUGGAGCCUAUUCAACUGUUCCUGCGAACUUAGAUCUCGAACCUCGACAGCAGUUUAUAGACACUGCUCCAGUAGUACUAGACUAGUUUAGAGUCACGCGGCAGACGAUUAACAGAAUGACUUUUCCCUCUGGCACUAUGCUCAAGUACUUUUCUAUGUUCAACUCUGGGUUUCAUUGAUAUGGGCUGGAAUUCUAUACGUGCACGGCGAGAUAACACUGGACAGUCCUUUCGGAAGCCCGAGUAAAAUUUCCCUGGUUAGGAUGGCCACUUGCCUGGAGUACAAUUUGAAUGUCACAAGUGAACCUUGUUACUGUUGAAAAAACUUCUCUGCAGUUAAAGGUAAACAAUUCGGUAGUUAUACACGAAAGCCCGACUUUAAAACAACGAGGAAUGACAGAGUGGUCGACCGGAAGCAGAAAACAACAAGAACAAUAGCAGGAGAAGUGUCAUUUACGGGUGCAUAGAAAACAGCUUACCAGUACGAAGUUUGAUGAGAACGUUAAUGGUGCACGUAAAUUACUGUUUAAACAAAUCUGUGCAGGAUUUUUUUCUGUAUGUCCCCGCUAGCAGAAAUCCUAGGAUCUGCAGAAAUGGUUUAUAUUUACUCACUGUCGAGGUAUUGAAAUAUGUCAGACUGUACAAGAGAAACAGCCACCCACCAAGUACUCGCCGAAAGAUGAGCGCACUAGAACUGUGAGUACAGCCUCGAACAGCAUAUCCUACCUAAUUACCGCUCCUCUGCGGUAAUGUGACCACUUAAUACUCGUUCACAAACAUCGCUAAUGCAAAGUCGAAAAAUGUUGCCGAGAGGAAUGGGAUGUCGGUCUCGGGUGCCGGCCACCCCACCUGGAGAUUGGGAGACCCGGGCAUGAACCCCCAUUCAGGAUAGAUUGGUGGACAUCUUCCAUGUUACCGAUUAUUCUUCACCUCAGUUUACAGGGCUUGACACCGUGGAUUAAUGCUAGUGUUUAGUUCAGUACCCAGUAAUCGCAGGUCUUGGUUUUGAGCACUGGGUCUUAGGCUUUGGGGUUGGGUAAUGACUAACCGACAAUGAUAAGAUAAAAAUGGUGACCGGAGUCUCGAUAGCCUUUGUUUGUACUGCCAUAAUCACUUCCACGUUCUCACACGACUACUCAAAUUGGCUUUAGGGCGGAGCCCCAGACAAAAUAAAACGCUGGCAUCCCACCAUGCAAUUAGUGCAGGUGAUGCCGUUCCCGUGUAACCAUGGCUUAUAAAGCCUAUAGGGAGGCUUGCGGAAAUUUUUGGGUGCAACUGUGUACCGAAGCAAAUAUACUUGUGCGUUUCAAACAACCCUUUGAUGCUCCAUGACAGCGGAACUGUGCUGUUGGGGACUUUAUGCGACAUGUAGACUACGAAGCAUGCUGAAAUGGAAGUUUGGCAUAUUUACUUGUACUUGGUACAGCUGCGAUCAUGCCUUAUCUAGACGGACUCAAUAAUGUCCCGAACUGUACCUUUCCACACGCGACGAUCCGCUGCAUCAGAUCUGGACAGUCCAGCCAUUCUCUUCGCCAACGACGGAGGCCAAAUACCAAAGGUUUAAGUACCACCUCCAUUUCUUGACAAGCUGUGUCGAGCUGUGUCGAUUUUGAGUUGACUCCCUCUUCGACGCCUCCAAUGGGGUAACGGUGUCGGAUCGAGGACAGCAACACUGAGCUCCUGAGGUGGACGACGAUGAAAAUGCCCAAGCCACCUCAGUCGCCUUUCUUGGAUGGCCUGGGUUAUCCUUGCGAUGUCGCAGCGAGCGCGGACUGUCUCAUUUGAGACGAAGUCGGUGUACUUUACUCGAGGGAUGGUUCUCAAGCAGUGGUGGUCAAACACCUCCAGUUUCCGCUCGUCCUCCGCACGCGCAGCCCAGCAUUCACAACCAUAAAUGACAGACCGGACAGAUGCACGGUAUACGCGAAUCUUAAUGGCGAUGGAGGGAUCCACAGGCAUUUUCGAAGGCUUGAAAAAACCCGUCGGACAUUAUCAGUUUUGGAAAUAGUGUCAUCCGUACUCUGGCCAUUCAGCAGCAGUCUCGCCCCGAGGUCUUUAAGACUGUCUAUUUCAAGUUGACAGCCAUAAAUCCCGAGAGGUGCCUUCUCCUGGUCAGGGAUUCAGCUUGAAAACACUAGUCCCUCCAGCGUUUAUGGAUUUACCGAUUUAGCAACCUCGUUCACCCGUGACACCACAGGCUGCAGAUCACCGAAACCUGAAGCAAGUAAGGCAAUAUCAUGGGCAUAGUCGAGUUCAGUCAGUCGGUGUCCGGGUGCAAAUUCAGCACCGUCACCGUGUACGGCGCUCCCGAGAAUCCAGUCAAUAGCGUAGUUGAACAGGAUGGGUGACAGGAUACAACCCUGUCGAACGCCAGACCGAAUAUCAAACGAUUGGGAAAGACUGUUGCGGAACAGGACCUACGUGGCGGUGGUGCGAUAAUAGACUUUGAUUAUAGGGGUGAUUUUUGACGGCACACCAUCUAGUGUCGUUAUCCGCCAUAGGGACUCCCGAUGGACGGGAUCGAACGCGGCUGCAAGUCAACAAAGCAGACGGCUGUCGGUUGCUGAUAGCUAUGACGAAAUUCGAGAAUGCGCCUUAGUGUGAAUACCUGGCCCGCGCAUCCACAUCCAGCAUGAAAUCCGGCUUGGUUGGACCUCGUCCUAGAGUCUCGCACAGCCUGGAAUCGCCUUAGAAGAACGAUAGCGAAGAUCUUCGCGGCAACGUCGAUGAGGCUUAUGCCACGAUAGUUCUCGCAUCUCGUCUUAUCUUCCUGACUGGAAAUUUAUCAAGAUUUCGUCACUGGAGGCAAGGUUUGGGACGAAGCUCCUGUUCAGUUUGGGUCUCCGCGAGAGGAGUUUGCGCUAGUGUGAAAAUUCCAUACGGCAAUUUUUUCCAAAGUAGUUAUAGAGCAGUUUUCUCAUGACAGAUCAGUAUCCCUAAAGCUUGUUUCCUGUUCGUGUUGUCAAGAUAAGUCCCGCUGAUGACUUAGGGAUGCUGAAGUUGAGUACCUGUGCCUGGCAUGGUUGUCAUCGUGUCUGGCCCGGCUGGCUUCCGCUAUGACCCCACGACGCCGCUCCGUGUGCAGUGAUGUGUGGCAAUGGGGCCCGGGGAGUUCAGCCCACGCAUAUCAAUCUGUAGACUUCAACACGAGCUUGUCCAUUCGCUGACGUGUUUUCCUCGGUAGAAUCACGUUCCCUCAUUGCGUCUGAAUGGUUUAUUUCCAUAGCAAAGGAGGUGCACGUCUUCGAAGAUACCCACUAUAGCUAUUCAGUUCAUAUUGGGAAUUACAAUUGCCUAUGCAGCACCAGUCAUCACGCCAGUCAGUAGUUUUCACGGUCGGUAUCGGAACAAUUGUUUCGUAUGCUAACGAAUUUUUACCUACACCUUUUCUGGCCCGGAACUCUUAAGUUAUUUUGAUAAUUGCUCGUGCGUCUUCUAUUGUAUUCCUCUAGCUUUACUCCCCCAGACCGUAACCACUGAUGUCAAGACUACAUUUUCUAAAUUUCAGAUGACUUUUGAUCCAUGA